AUGGAGCCUAUUUUUCCCCUGUUUCGACUACCCGAGAAGGUCAUCUUGGAAGUGAUCAAAAAUUUUGGUAUGAAUAAAUUGUUCGAAUUCUCUCUAAUCUCAACGAAAACUAAGAAUAUCGCGGCGUUAUUAGGAAUAGCAGCUCAAACUGUUUGCAUCUCCAUCGGUCGUUUUGUUUUCGUAACUGUGUACGUUAGACCCAGUAAUAUGGAAAUCACGUUUUUUAACGAUCUGGUUGGUCAAGAUUCAUUGAUUCAUUUGGACUCCAAUCAGCCUAUUUCUGCUUAUUUUUCAAAUUAUUAUAACAGAAGAGUUCGAUCAUCGACUCUAUUCAGUUUCAACAACUGGUUGGAUCACAUUAGGACUGUAUUCAGUUAUAGUAAACCACAAGAUAUGACUUUCUUGCGGGGUAACGACCGAUUUGAAGUGGAAUCGUUGAAAAAUGCGAUUAAAAGUGUGGAUCAGCUUUUUUUAACUGGAGAGAACUCUGAAUCUCGGAAUAGGGAACUUUUAGAACAUUUCAAAAAUGCCAACAAACUAAUUCUAGAAAGGAAUCCAUUUGAAGAAGCUUGUGAAGUUCAAAAAUACUUCAUUCGAAAUUUCAAAAGUAUCGCAUAUUGUGAUGACGUUUCACUUGAUGAUAUGUUAUUGGUUAACAGUAAGAGAGUCGAAUUCUCCCGUCCGAUAUCUGAGAAACAAUUCAUUCGAUUUCUCAAGCAUUGGAUUCGUGGAUCUAAUCCAAGACUGCAAUUCAUGAAUCUAUACAUCGAUAUUGCUGAUUUAGUAAACGGAGAGGUGUAUUUGAAAGGAAUCAACUGGAUUGAAAUAACUGAAGAGUCGAAGAAAGAAAUCCGUCAAAAACACGGAAUUUAUGAUAAUGAAAUGGUUCAGAUCAAACGGAACGACGGGACAACUGCUGUGUUUGUGCUUUAUGAAUUUGAGACUUUUAUUUCUGUUUGUUUUUAUGUUUUGUACUAA